GACAAAAAACGCAAAGAGCUCGAGGAAGCGCAGGAGCUCCGGCUCAAUCUCCAAGGCUUCGGGCUCGGACUCCGGGAGGCCACCCAGGCCCAGGCCCAGGGCCCCACCCGGCGCGCUGCUCCCCCACACCGAGGCGACGAGGAGUUCUUCAAACUCUUCGCGCCGCUCUGCCGGGCCCUGCCAGAGCUCCCGAAACUUCCAGUGCUCUCCCUCUGGCUCGGCGAACACGGCAGCCGCUUCGGUUCCGGCCUCGGCGGCCCUUUCCGGAGCGCGCGGAGCGGAGAAGAAGAAACCCUCUCCUCCCUUCCGCUGGCAGGCGAUGACGAGGCCCGGGACCUGGCCGCGGGCCUCGGCCAACAAACGGAGCUGGAGCGGCUGACGUUGGAGCUGUGGCAAAACUCCCUGGGCCGGGGGCCUCAGCUGCGCGCUCCGCGUUCCGCUUUUUGGAUUUCCAGCUUGUUGGCAGCCGCCUCCCACUUGGGGGUUGGGCCUGCAGGUGUUUCCGAGUCUUGGAUUCACGCGGCGGCUUUCUUGAGAUUUCCGCCGCCAAUUUCCUUCCCCUUCGCUGUGCCUCGCGAUGAGGGCGCAAAGGCCGUGGCCUCCGCCCUCGCCCGGCUGACGGAGCUCAAGGAGCUCGGGUUGUACCUGGCUUGGAACAAGAUCGGUUCAGGCGAUCGAAGCCUUGGAUCCCUGUUCUCAGUGAAGCCCAUCCCCAUGCCGAAGUUUGAAGAGACGGGCGAUGCUGGCGCCACCGCAGUCGUGGAGAGCCUUCGAGAGCUGCCGCAGCUCACGGAGGUCGGGGUUUAUCUGGAGAAAAACGACCUUGGCAAUGAGGAGCAGAAGAAACUCCGGGCCACCUUCGAUGCGCUGCCGGUGCGCCUCAGCCUCGGCGCGCUGGUGGUGGCCUUUGUCCCGAGCGCCUCGGAUCUGGCGCCGAAAAAGGCAGAGGUCGCGCCGUGGUGGUAUGCCAAGCGCAUCUCUCCCUGGGCUGCGCUUGGCUUCAUCCUUGGCUUGGGAACCUUCGCCUUGCCGCAGGCGAUCUUUGCAUAG